CACCCGCUCAGGGACUUUGAACCGGGACACAACAUCGUGGACGCUGUGUAUGGCAGCCGCAAGACUGUUUGCGUCGUGAGCCGGAACUUCCUGCAGAGCGAAUGGUGUUCAAUGGAGAUCCAGCUGGCCAGCUACCGACUCUUAGACGAGCACCGAGACAUUCUGCUGCUGGUGUUCCUGGAGCAUAUCCCCGAGAGCAAGCUGUCCUCAUACCACCGCAUGAGGAAGGUCACGUUGACCAAAACAUUUUUGCAAUGGCCCCGCUCAGAUUGUACCGACCCGGCCCAGGCCCAACUACUUUUCUGGACCCAGCUCAGGAGAGCGCUGAGGACAGGAAGUAGAAUGGAGGAUGAGGAGGAAGCAGGUGAAAACCAAAGCUCUGAGACGGAAGAAGGCGAUCGAACAGCCUCUUCUGUCAAUUAUACCGCUGAAAUCUAUAACUUGCCAUAAUUUUUAAUUAUCUGCAAUUGAUCAAUUAUAUUUCAGAUUACAUUGUUACAUUUUUAUUUGCAUUUAUUUCCAAUAGGGUUUGUAAACAAAUUUGA